UUGUUGCUUCAUACGCUCCCCGGAUCACCACCUGUACUAGUCUACAUGUUGGAUGUGUUCAUUUCUUCUUAUAUAGACAAGGAUUAUACGUAUACUUAGGAUGUUUUUCUAAAAGUGAACAUAGAGAAUCUUUUAUUUACACUUGAGGAAUAUAAGGUACAGGUAAAACAUUUUCCCGUGAAUGUGAGGCAUAGGCCUACAUCAGAUAAAACGAGCCGCCGUCAUACUGGAAUAUAAAGAAGAAACGUUUCCUCUUGGAUGUAGAGAAGACCUGUUGGAACAAGGAUGUUGCUGUGUAGGAAUCAGUGGCCGGCGCUGAUAAAAUAUCUCAGAAAAUAAACAAUGUUAUGCAACAUUUGAUGAAUGGGAAGGAAAUAAAUUUGUGAAAGGACUGGUUGUGUUGGUGACCACAAUGGUGCUGGUUGACUGCAAUACAAGCCCCACUAUCAAAGGCUCCAGCUCUGAUGGGGACUUAUCUUUGGCCAAUCAAACCCCGGGGCUGGGGUCACUUCCGGCUCGUACACGCGACAGUGGUGUUGGCGCUUCCACCUCGUCUGGUAUUGAAGGCGUGGGCCCGCCAUCAAACAGCUCGAGUUAUGACAAUGUGACUUCUUACAGUUCGUUGGCCUCAUUAACCAACGACAGCGUUGGAAAGAGACCCAAGAAACCGCCCGUACCUUUGCCCAAAAAUGCCAUGAGAAAGGCAAAGACGGUUAAUUUUAAAGAUGACGUGGACGUGGUAUUAACAGACGCCAACUGCAACAUGCAGACGGUCCAGGAGGAGCUGGCGACGGAUGAGCACGGGAUCAGACACCCGCCUACAAACACACCACAGCGUGAACCUGUACUAGCUCAGACUGUUACCGUGGAGAUUGAAACCAAAUUCCCAAACUCCUUUGUGGCGUCAAAACGUAAGCAAACCGUGCCGAGAUCACAGACCGAGACUUUGAUGAGUGCUCACGAGAUCCACCACUGUUCUGUGGGCUCCAACAUCUCAUCAGACUCCACUGGCUCCAGCUCUCUGGCCUCCGUGCUCAACGACUCUGUCGACGCCGUCACCUCGUUUCAAACCGCAGCCAGCGUGGAGACCAUCUCGGCGUUUCAGAGAGCCAACGGUCAGAACUUUCGGUCAUCGGUCAGCUCCACGUCGUCGUCGCUGUCUUCCCAGUCGUCCAGGUCGUCGAGUCAUGCCGUCACGGCGCCGCUCCUCGUUAAGACCAGCUCCAAGCCGGCCCACUCGCCCAUGAUGCUCUCGCCUUCCUCGUCGCUGUCGUCGUCAUCUUCCCACAACACUGUGCCCGCGGGGGAGGAGGAGACGCUGAAGGAGGUGCCCGAGUACGACGCGGUGGGCACGUCCUCGUGUGACAAGUGCUCUGAGGGCAAGUGUCGGACCGUGUACCUCCAUGUGCCAGAACUUCCUUUUGGCUGGGAGAAGGUGGAGGAUCCUCAUUAUGGCGUCUAUUACAUCGACCAUGUAAAUAGAAGAACACAGUAUGAAAACCCAGUACAGACGGCUAAAAAACAAACAGAUGAAGUGACCAACACAUACCCACGCCAGAAAAAACAAGCUGAAAGUGGCACCAAACGGUCAGCCAGUGAGAACAACAUGAACGGGCAACUCUAUUCUUCAGGUCGCCUGUUUUUUACCAAAAACCCAGAAGAGCUGAAAGGGGAGUUCACCAAGACAUCACUAGUAAAAUCUGUGAGGGGUCUGGGUUUUACUAUAGUGGGUGGCAACUACAGAGACACACAGUUUCUUCAGAUUAAAAAUGUUGUUGAAAAUGGACCUGCAUAUGUUAGUGGGAAACUUAAAACUGGUGAUGUAAUAGUUCGAGUCAAUAACACCUGUGUGUUGGGGUUUACACAUCAGGAUGUGGUGCGGCUGUUCCAAUCUAUCGCACCAGGGGAAACUGUUGAGCUCGAGACCUGCAGGGGCUACCCUUUGAACUUUGACCCCGAUGACCCAAACACAGAAAUUGUGACCACCGUGGCCGUCACCCUGCCCCAGGACGCGGGCACAUCUGCCACGCCCUCCAACUCCAACGGUUACCUGGACCAGCACAAGCAGUUGAAGUCUUUACCUGACCUGGCCAGGUCCGCAGGCACAGGCCUCAACUCCACCUCCAGUCUCUCCCCAUCCAACAGCCAAGAUGAGGGGGGCAUGCAUGGCAUCAUGAGCAACGAAGAUGGCAAUGCCAUCCCAGAUUUAGUUUCACUCUCCAUCAGCAAGCCGGAGAUAUUGACUAUCCCUAUUGUGAAAGGACCCAUGGGGUUUGGAUUUACAAUAGCAGACAGUCCGUAUGGCCAAAGAGUUAAGCAAAUUCUUGACCAAGGCAGGUGUAAAAAUUUAGCCGAGGGAGAUUUACUGCUGCAGAUAAACAAUGUGAUGGUCAGGGAGUUACCCCAUCAGAGGACUGUGCAGGUUUUAAAGGAGUGUAAGCAGGAUCAAGAGACAGCUGUUGUGGUACAAAGAGGGGGUAUACCACCUCCUGGUAAAGGCAAGAAGUUUAUCAAAAUGUCUCGAAGUUUUGAUGAGAGACAGCAACAACCAGACAGCAAUGGCCCAUCUUCCCCUGGCGCGUACUUCUUUAGAAAUCAAGAACAAAAUUUUAAUGAGCAAAUGGAGAAUGGCUUGGCCAACAACCAGGAUGAAGAAAUCCAAAAUGGAGACAUGUCUAAUGCUGAUUUGCCACCCCCAUCUCCAGAGGAGGGUGAUGAGGACCCAGACGAUGUUGAUGGCGGCAGAUCACAGAACAAAAAUUCCCCCCAAGAUGCCAACAGACCACAGAGGCCCAAGACCCCACUAGAUGGUGGUCGUUCUAAAACUCCCACAGUUAACAGCGGUCUGGGCAGCCCGCGGCCAGGCUACAUGGACAUGCAGCAGGGGAGAAGAGACUAUCAGGACAUCAACAAAUUUAGCAACCAUUCCCGUGCUGAUGUGGAUGGGAGUAACAUUGGCAGGCCUCCACCUGCACCAAACAGGCCAGAGUUUUUCCCUCGUUAUGACUCAAGGGUCAGAGGAACUGAUCCCCGGGAUCCAUUCCUUAGAUCGUAUGGAUCUUCAGUCGCCCCAUCCAUGCAGAACAACACCAAUGGGGAUGACAAAUGGGCUGGUCGAGAUGUCAAGCCUGGCCAGUUCCGAAGCAGAACACCCGGCCCAGAAAUGAUGGCUAGAGGUGGCCCAGGGCCAGACUACACGAGCCGGCCUGAAGUACAUCGGCCAAAAACUCCCACAGCAGCAGACAUGCGCAACAAACCUCCCAUGUCCAGCCACUCGUACGGAGCGGGGGAUUUUAGAACUAGUGGGCGCUACACACCCAACCCAUCCUCAGAGCUAGGUCGCCAGUACAGAUCACCCUACCAAGAAUACGCUCGCAACUGGCCAGAUUUUUCCUCCCCCCCUACACAGCGGCGCUUUGAAGCUUUUGAAAACUCUUCCCUCAACAGAAGCUAUGCGGGUGAAUUUGCAAGGCCCUCCCCAUUUCAAAGCUCCAUAGGACCAGGGAGGCCCAUGCGACAAAGUACCUCUUUUGAAAGUGAGAACCCAGCGCCCAGCAGCAUUACCAGGGUGCCAAGAAAGCCACCCCCCCACCCAGCAUUCCAAGCCAGAUCACAGGGUGGGGGUAUACCUGAAGAAGGGCAGGUCAUUGAGAUGGCUGUCACUUUACAUAGACAAGAAAGCGGCUAUGGAUUUCGUAUCAUUGGUGGGACUGAAGAGGGUUCUCAGGUAUCUGUGGGCCACAUUGUCCCGGGGGGAGCUGCUGAUGUUGACGGCAGGCUCAGGCAGUUUGAUGAGAUCACUCAUGUAGAUGGGAACAGUGUCCUCAACGCCUCUCACCAUAGAGUCGUUCAGCUCAUGACCAACGCUGCCCUCAAUGGCAGAGUAACAUUGUCUAUUAGAAGGGUAUUAGGACCAGAUCUAGGCAAUGGCCCCCAGUACCCUUAUGAUGUUGUCGUGUCCCGCCGAGAGAAUGAAGGCUUUGGAUUUGUCAUAAUUUCAUCAGUCAACAAGGGAGCCAGUGUGGAUGAGUUUAUUGAUGGCAGUGAUAUUCAUUCGGCCCAGGCAGUUGUCUGCCCCUGGAUCGGUCACAUCCAGGAGAACAGCCCUGCAGCCAGGUGUGGCAGACUUCACAUUGGGGACAGGAUCCUGGCGGUCAAUGGGGUGGACACUUCAAACAUGCACCAUAAGGAUGUGGUCAGUCUUAUUAAAGAGUCAGGGUUUUCUGUUGCUUUGACCAUUGGACCACCACCUGAUGACAACUCAAGUACUACAUCCUACAGGCAGAGUUCAGCUGGCUCCUCAGGAAAUCCCCCUCCCUUAUACUCAGUUGACAGACCUGACAUGAACAUUCAAUCUUGGGAGAGGAACCAGCCAGGUAUGGGAAGAGACAGGCCCAGAACUCCCAGUAAUCAGGGGUCAGAUGACAGUGGGGAAAUCUACCAGGUGGAGUUACAUCGUGGCUCUCGUGGCUUUGGUUUCUCCAUCAGAGGAGGCAGAGAGUUCAAUGCCAUGCCACUGUUUGUGUUGAGGAUAGCAGAGGACGGAGCAGCAGAUCUUGACGGAAGGUUAAAGGUCGGGGAUCAAAUUCUGGAGAUUAAUUCAUUCAAUACUGACAGCAUGACUCACACUGAAGCUAUUGAUAUUAUACAAAAUGGUGGCCCUACGGUCAGGCUGCUAAUGAGACGAACAAACAAGCCUCCUCCAAUUUUCGAUGGUCCGCCAUCCUCACCUGGAGGUCUCUCACCAGGUAACAUGUUCACCCCCAACAUCCCACCCCUGGCUAACGGACCCAUCAGCCACAGCUCCCCCCACAUGGCCAGACGACAGCAGACACUCCCACCCCCUCCCCCAGACCUUCCGCACCCCAAUGAAUUUUUUCACAACUACCCACCACUUCCACCACCAUCUCAACAGCAUCUGAGGUUCAACAACUACUGAAGAGUUCUUUUAGUGGGUCAACCAGAAUUUUCAACUACUGAAGAGCUCCUAUAGGGGCCAACCUAAAUCUUCCACUACUGAAGAGCUCCUAUAGUGUCAACACUACAGAUAUCAACAUUGGACUUUCUUCAUACCCUCAUUGAUUUUAUUGAAAUAGUUUUCUAGAGCUGCAGUAGUGGCCUCCAUGCUAAGCUUAUGUGUUGAUUUGUUGAAGAUCUAGUGCCUAUUAGAGUCAAGUAUCUGUUGUCCCAAGUUAUUUAUUCAAUAUUUCCUUCUGUUUAUAUAUACAUAUACUUAACUGCAAAUAUUUGCUGUACCAGAUGGUGGGUGCAUAUUGAUUCCACUUAAUUGGGACACCUGUUAAUUGGGGCAGCCGUCUAUUUGGGUCAACUUUGUUAGGAACAAAUCCAGACAUUGCAUUUUUUUUUCUAUGCAUAUUAGUGCCAACUGCCUUAUUGGGGCCAAACUAAUCUGUCAGUGUGCCCUGAUCAAGUGGAAUAGACUGUACCUAGUAUUUGAAUUUAGCUAAAUUAAACUUUCAGUUGUAAAAUGACCAUGUUGUGUAUAUAUAAUGUACACAAGAGCAUCUUGUACCCAGAAUGUACACAUAUUGAUGCUGUACAUAUAGAAUGUAAAAUACAUAAAGUAUACAAUUAUCCUAUGCAUUUUUUGCCAACUUUUGUCAAAAGUGGAGUUACUAAAACUUUCAUGCGGUAGAUUUUUGUAAUUAUCUUGCUAUUUUUCAAGCAUAUAUAAAUUCUUGAAAUUCCUAAAUCAGUUGCAGAUAUUUAAAGAUAUUUUUUGUUUUUUUUUCACCUUUGUGACCAAAUUUUUGUAUUCCCUGUUCAUCAUUGUGACCAACUGACCUUAUAAGCUGCAUUUGUUGCAAGCUUAUGGAUUUUUAAAACAGUGAAUGUACCAGAGCUAGGACAUUUUGGCCUGGCCCUGUGAAUGGUUAGACAAAGCCAACUUACUUCAUAGAAGAGUAUCAUAGUGUGUAAAUAAUUCCAGUGUGGUGCAAGCAGGGAGGGAGGACAUCAAGAGAUGAUGUAGUGAACAUUUAGUGACUGACACAAAGACUUUUUUUCCUCAAACAUUGUGAGUUGAAACAGAUGGUGGUCUCCAUGUUCUAGAAAGAUGAUAGACUUUAUAAGCAGUGAGUUCAUCGCUUGUGACAGACAAAUGAUCAAACUAUGCAUGACUUUAUUUCACUGUGUAUUUUCUGUGAUAGUUUUGUCUCCUACUGCCUUCCAUCUUGAAAUGAGUGAAUCAAAAUAUGUAAAGAUUGUUGAAAUCCCUUUCCUUUUGAUUUCAUAGAGUGGACAGAUUGACCUGUCUUAACUAACCAGACAUAAUCUAUUGUUUUUUUGUAUUUUGUAUAUUAUUUCUUUGUGACCAAAUGCUUUUUUUACAACUUAAGUCAUUCUUGACAGAGUUUUAUUCUUGCUUUAUAGAAAAAGGAAUUGAAUAAUCAGUUCAACACACACAGAUGCUUUUAGGAAGGAAUGUAUUAAGGAGUUUCUUCUUGAUUAAUAAACCUAUAUAUAUUUCAACAACUAAAAAAAAAAUUCACCUGCUUUUCAGCAAUGAAAGAAAUAGUUGUUUUCACCACAUUUUCCUGCUUCUUUCAUUAACGUAUAUCUUUUUCCUGGACUUUAAACUGUUCUCUAGCACUAGAUUUUUUUUUAAUUCUCAAAAAAAUGUAAAAAAAAAAACUCCUUAGAAAAAAUGUUUUGCGCUGACAUAAGAGUACAAAGUGUUUAUAGCAUUUAAUGAGUACACUGUUAACUUGCCAAACAUGUAGUGCACUCUUUAUUUUUCCUCACAAAUAGUUUUGGUCAUUUAAAUUAUAUAAUCAAUUUUUUAUUUUUUAAAUGUGGUAAUCAGGCUGUAUGCAAUACUUAAACUUGUACUUUAAUUUUACUUUAGAUAUAACUUGCCAUUUAGCAGCCUACUCAGUCAUGUUACACAGCAUUAAUUGCAACUUACUCUAGUGGGCUUUUUUCUUUCUGUUAAUUUAUCAUCCAAGAAAACUUGUGCUAUCUUUUAUGGGUUUUGAGUUUGUUUUUAUAAAAUUUCUCAGCAAUGUUAUGUGGUUUAAAAUAUUUUAACCAAGUGAACUGUUACAAAAUCAUUGGCUAAAAUGUCAUUUUUUAAUCUUCCCAUCCACAAAUAUUUAGCCUGGUGAGAGUUUUUGGUUUUAGAUGUUUGAUUUACUGUGUACAGCCCAGCAUUUAACAAAAUAUUCUUUAUUUUUGAAAACAGUUUUAUAUAAUAAAACUGUCAACAUUGUGAAAUUAAAAUGAGGUUGUGUUUUAGACAAUGAGUGACAUUUCUUUUGACCGUCAUUUUAUUUAAAACAAAUUUUAAUCACUUUAUCUUAUGGGUUGUGAAUCAAAAAAUUAUUUUCUAGCCAUGGUUUUCAACACUAGUGACAUCCAUGGGUGUGUCAGUUGUAAAUUAAUUUAACUUAAAUUGGCAGUGUACUUAAUUAUUUUAUUGGCUGCAGCCGCAACUAAUUAUUUGAAAAAGCUGGUCUUUAACAUCCGACUGCUGUUCUUGUGGUGGAGCUUUGUGAUGCCAUCAUUUACAUAUUAACACUUCAAUCUGUAUAUAUUAUCAUUUGUAAUUGGAAGGCUUGAAUGUCUUGUUUUAAUUGUGUCUGCAUGCUCAAAUGUUAGAAGAUACAUCUGUAAGUUGUACAUUCAGUUCUAAUCAUUUGUCUAUAGACCUACCCCCCACACAGUUGACACAGCUUGUAAAUAGUCAUUUACACCAUUAAACAAUAAAUCAAUAUAUGAUGUACACAAA